AUCCAGGAGAAGCCAGUGUAAACUGUUGAGAUUUAAACUGCUUCAAAAUCAGACCAGUAACCUUCAUUAAGCUGCUAAAUGAUGAUGACUAUGGAAGGUAUUACAGAAGAGACUUGCUGUGGCAUGGAAGCAUCUAGCAAGUGUGCUGGCAGCCUCUCUCAGGCAUAACAGUAUGUGUAAAGCAUUGCCUUGCAGAGACAACAGGAUUUUCAUCCCAAUGGGUCUUUGAUCUCAAUAUAGAAAGAGAAAAAAAGAGCCCUAGCAGAGGUAAAAGGACCUUCAAAGGAAGAUGUAUCUGAUAUGUGCAUACUCUCCUCUGAUGUCCUGCAAGUAUCUGCCAAUUAAACAGAGUAACUAAAAUUGAGGCCACGGUAAGAGGACAUAAAGAGAUACUCAUGCCCAGCAGUAGGAGGCUGGAGUCUAUUCUCAGUGCUCACUAGAGAGAGACAGAAAAACCUUUUGCUCAAAAGCUUUACUUAAUGGGGAUACAAACAAAAGCGUGCUUCCAAAAAAGUGUUUUGCAAAAAUUCGGAGGUGAAUGCCUUCACUAUGUAGGGCAUGCAUGGGAGGCAGGAGCAGGCUGUAACAAAGGAUCAGUAAGCUGCUCCCCAAAUGCCCAUCUCUCAAACAGGCUUUCCCCCUGGUUCCAAGGGCUUAAACCAGGAGAGAAUGGUAAUUACUGAGCUGAGAAUGCUGUGCCACAUCUCUGCCACACUGAGCUGCAUGGCUGCUUGGGAGAGCAGCACACAGCUCUCUGUGUUUCCUUCCCUGUGGAAGGGAAAGUGUUUUACCAGUAUCUACACAGCUGUAUCUGGAACUGUGGGACUGAAAACACUGCUUGACUACUGGCCAACAUGUGUCCAAAUGUUUCCUACAGAUGUGUCCAAAUAUUUCCUACAGAUGUGCCUCUGCACUUGCCUGCCUCUCACGUGGGACAGCACUGCUCAGGGCCCAGGCACAGGCAGUUCCAAGUCUUGGAGACAGACACCAGGGCAUGCAGUUUCCUCCCACACAAGUGCCCUGUGUCAGUGAGUGGGAGCAGGGCAGUGCUGUGCCCAUGCAAUGGCUCAGUGAGCCUCUAUUUCCUCCCUGUCCCUUCCUCAGACUGGCUGUCACCCAGCUGGGGGGAGCAGAAGCCAGAGGUCUGAGCCACAUUUGUCAGAGGUAAGAAAGGUGAGGACUUGAUUCUUUUGAAGUAGAAGAGUCUUUGAUUAAAGAGACAAAAUAUUGUCUAUUAAUUAUUCAACCAAACUUUGUUGUAAGGAAGGAAGUCUGUGCAUUGAAAGGAAGUCUGUGCUUUUCAUGAGUAUUCAGACAAGUGUAAUGAGAGGUGAUGGAAGUGAAAAGUGGAAUGAUGGAGGAGAUGUGUCAGAAAUAUCCUACAGGAGAAGGUACUUCCACUAUGGAAUUGCUGGCACCCCCUGCCCCAGGAUAUUGUAAGCAUCCAUAGCAGUCUCAGUAUUUAAGGACGGUUUUAGGUGCUCCAGAUGACAGUAGAAACAUGACACUUCACCUGGAUGUUACCUCAAGAUUGAAAAAGUAGAAGGUAAAGAACUCCAUUUGCAUUGGCCUUACGUUGAUCUCAUGCUUUGAAGCAGAGCUGAUGGAUAAUUCCUGGAGGAUGUUACCACCUGUGUAAAGGAAGAAUCAGCUGAACCUACUUUUCUUCUGGUACUGUAUGUCAAUAUUUGAACCAAACAGCUAAUUUAGCUUAAUUAGAACAACUUUAGUUUUUUAUUCACCUGCUGUGAAUAUAUAAUUAAAAGUCUAAUUGACCCAUUGAGGGGAAAAAAGGGUUGCUGUUUGAAAUAACAAGGUCAACUUUAGUGUGAUCUCCUAAAUUACUGACAAAUGACUUACAAUAAUUGUCUAUGAGCAAACCAUUGCAUUUCCUAAAACAGUUCCAUUUCAUGACACAAACACCACAUCCCUUCCACACCAAUAUCAGCCUCCUCUAGCAGCCAUGAAUGCUGAACACUGCACACUUUGUAAACUUCUGGAGUGAUCUGUGUAGAACUUUUUGGCCCUGACACAUCAUUGCAUUUGCCUUGCUAAUGAACACCACACCUAUCUAUAACCCUGGUAAAAUUAAAAUUUAAGAAAACCCAUAUAAAUUUCAACACUUUUUAAUUAACCUCACUUGCCCAUUUUCAUGUGUAAAACAUAAGCUGUAGCUCUGAUUAAUUACUUCUGACCUUCAUCAGGUGAUAGAGCAGAAGGGUUCAUGUCACUGAUAUAUGAGAGGGUGCUCAAAGCUGCCACUGAAGAUGUGUGAAAGGAAAGGAAACCAGAACAAUUUCUAAUUUCCCCAUGGUGCUUUAGAUCUAACUCACAGCUGUUUGGGCUUUGUAUUUGUAGUUGCCAGCUAUUUCCAGGGCCAUGGAUUGUGAAGCACUCCUAGCACUUAAGGAAUCAGUUUUGGGUUUCUUUUCCCCAAACACAAAUAACUGCUCAUCACAAGGAGCAGGCUGUGAAGGUGCAGAAUGUGGAGAAAAAGCCCAAGGACUCAGACACAGAGAAGGGAGUCAGACAUGUUACGUAUCAGAGGUGAGCAGACAGUGCUGCUGGGGCUGCUGACACUUUUGGCCAGUGUCAGUGAUGCACCCUGGCAUUACCAGGUGGAGUAACUUUUGGAAUAGCCUGAAAUUCCCUGGGCACCUUGGUGUGUGGCUCUGCCUGCUCUGUGGUACCUGUCCCAGCUGGCAUUAACCAGGAUUUCUACCUGCAGUCUCAGCAGAUACUGCGAGCUGAAAGGAGCACAAGUCCAAACUAACUUCCCACCCUUUCAAAUCCUCAUUUUUAAGCACUCUAAUUAAUGUCUAACAUCAGUUCAAAAGGCUUACCAUUGUCUUCUAAAAAGUAAGGUUAACUCACAGAGUGGAUAAAUAUUAUGCAAUAUAUUCCAUUAAUUUUCUGCUGUGAUUUUGUAACUCAGCCUGCCACCUGAUGCACAGAUUAUUGGUACCAUCAUAUGGAAUGAAUACUAUGCAAAUGUCCCUCUUCCCUCUGCUCUGGGCUGCACUAUAAUGAUCAUGCCAUGCCAAUUUGGGCAAGAGUAAUUUGCUCACUUUCCUUUUUUUCAGUAUGGAAUCAGGAUAAUUAUAUUAAUGCUAAAGAUAAGAUUACAUUAGAUAAGGAGUCAUACUGCCAUGCUGUCAGCAGUGUGGGUUUUGCUCAGGAAUUCAUGCUGCCUAAUGCUUUGAGCAGGAGGUAAAGCAAGCAGUGACACAGAUCAGACACCCAUAUUGAGUCCAAAAUACUGAACAGAGAUUUCUACUUGGAAGAAUAAUAGUUGGAGCUGGGGAAAUCUAGGUAGGUAUUAGAACAGAAUUAGAGAGCAAUAUUUACCUGAAUAGAUUAGGAGUCUAUAAAAUAUUGCUCUAAUGUGGUGCAUGUUUAAUGCUUGAUGUAAGCAUGCUUGGGUUUUAAAUGCUUUCCUAAAUUCCUGGUAUCUUUUUCAGGAAGACCAUCCCAGCCAGCACCUGCAGGGCCCUUGCACUGAAAACCCAGCAGUGGAAACAAGCUGGGAGGGCAUUGGGAAGGUAUUUGCUGCUGAAGCCUGGGUACAUCUUCUCUUGAGCUGUGACAAGCUGCCUGGCGGAUUCCAGAGAGCUUCUUCCUUCCUUUCACUAACACUCCACACACAAGUUAAUCUACCUGACUGAGAACAGCUGAAAUCCACCUAUUUGGCCUGGCUUUGCUGUGGCUAUGUUCUCAGGUUUGGGCAAGAAAAAUAAGUAGGUCUCUGUUAGUGAUUUGGUUCCAAAAAAUGCCAGAGCCCCACAAGACUGGGUGUCCUUUUAUCUGAGUUUUUGCAAAUUCAAGUAAGAAAAUCAUUCCAGGAAAGAAAUCAGCAAGGAAUUGAAAAACAUACCUGCUGUGAAUUUAUAAUUAAAAGUCUAAUUGACCCAUUGAGGGGAAAAGAGGAUUGCUGUUUGAAAUAACAAAGGAGUGGUGCAAAAGUUGACAAGAGCUCUCUGAAAUGACAGGCGGAGUAGGAGCAGCAGAGGAAUACUCAGAACCUUGUUUUCUGUGACUCUUCCUCACUUGGGUACUAAUGAAGUCCCAAACUUAUGAGAACUGUCAGUACCCACCCUGGUUCAUCUGUGGCAUCUGUGCCAGUUUACCAACACAAAUCUUUUCUCAGGAAGAAAAAUAUGGGUAUGAGUAUGGCCAUCUGAACAGAGACACUUUGUACCCCAGAAAAUGGCAAUGAGGAACCCAAACUCCACAAAGCCAGAGAACCAUUUGGCUCCUGACUCUGCCAAUAGUUUACUUGUACAAAGUACCUUUGUACUGGGGAUGGAUGGCAGGAAAUAUAAACUCCAAAGGCUAGUGGAAAUCUGGGAGCUGCCAGAGGUUAAAGCCAGAAACUUUUAUUAAUGUGGUAAUGCUAGGAAAGGAAGUGAGUUUAAACAUAAUUUCUGAAUGAAAAGAAUCUUACCACAAAGCCACAGUAGGAAAAUGUGGGUUUGCUAAUUUGGCUUUUUUUUUUUUUUCCCCUGAGAGCUGCUAGUGCUGGCACUGGUUACCUGCCUUACCCAGGGAAGGCCUUCUGUGAUGAUGGGAUUUGCAAUCCACCUUGAGCAGGCAACUGGAAAGAUGACCAGAUUAGCAGUUUCUUAUAAAAAAUACACAUAAAUCACAGCUCUCACCAUCUAACCUUAUCCCACCUGACAAGAAAAGUGGGUUGUGAUUAAAACUUCUAAGAACAGAAAAAAAUUGGGCUGGUUUCUGUUCUCAUGAGGGUCUGCUUAGGGACUGAAGGAAGGAGAAGGAAGUCAGCCUGGCGGGGACAAAAGUUGGCCAUGGCCACACACUGAACUUCAGUAAUUUUCCAGCACUUGUAAAGCUCAGUUCAGUGGCUUUCCUCUGCCUGUGAUGGUGGAACAGGUUUUUUUGCAGUUUUGGUUAUUAAAAAAACAAACAGCACAAAUUAACAAAGACAGUGUGAUGGAGCAAAAAUCUCAAUCUGGGCACACCCUCUCAUCGGGGAGGGUAAAUAAACAGCUUUUCUCUAUUUUCAGCUGUCAUUCUUCACAUUUGAACUCCACCCAUUGUACCAGUCACCCCCAAAAGAAUCAGCAGGUCUCCUGGCAGAUGUAUAAAACCAGAACAAGUCAGGACUCUAUCACAUAGUGUGCUAUACAUCACCAGCCGCUCCAUUUUAUCGAAGGAGAGGACUUUAACAGGUGUCAGAAGCCACAAUGUCGAGUAAAAGCUUCCAGGGACUGAAGGAACAAGCUGAAGGUGCAGCAAAAGAUGCUGCAAACGCACUGGGACAGGCCACUCAGGAUGCAGUCAACCAGAUAACAGAUGCAGGCCAGAAAGCUUUUGACAAGGCUUCCAAGACAGCACAAGAUGGAGUAGAAAAAGUGACUGGACAGGCUGCAGAAGCCAUGUCUGGCUUUGGGAAAAAAUGUGGAUUCAAAAAAUGAUGCUAAUUCAAGUCACCAGUAUUGCUUGUAUAAAUCUCUCUUUGGCCUGUUAUUACCUACUUCUUUGUGUAGAAAAAUGAAAGCUGUUUGAUAUCUGGAUGAUUUCAUUCUCUGCAAAUACAACUUUUUAAGACAGAAGGUCCUUCUCAUCCUUUACAUAGAAAAAAUGCAUGUCUGCUCACAAUUGCCAACGUGGCUGAAAAGGUUUCAGCAAUGCUGUUGCCCUGCUCUUACAACAGCUCAGUGAUUAUUGCCACAUUUGCUGAGUGUAUUUACAAAGUCAGUGAAACUGUUCAUAAUUAGGACACCAGAACAUCAUGUGAUGAAACUGAGUCUUCUUCCAAUAAUCAAAACUUAGGCUGGGGUUAUAUUUCUUGUCAGUUGUUUGUUUGUUCCCAUUCCCUGCAUUUUUAGAUUAAGAUAAAUAAAGGUACUGUAAGA